AGUUCACGAAACAAUAAACGGACGAUCCUCGGCCCCCUCCUCUCUCUCUCUCUCUCUCUCUCCACCCCCACAAAAAAUCUCCUCCGUGCCGGAACCGGAGAACGUUUCCGCCGGAAUAUUGUUCUCUCACCCCCGCCCGCGACUCCGAUCUCAUGGAAUCCCUGACUAGAGCAUCGAUCGUGCCUUCUUCUCCGGCCUCUCCCCUCUCCGUCUUAUCUCCCAAGCGGAGUCUCUCCCCGAGGCGCCUUCGCCUCCCUCUCGCCUCUAGAGGUAACGACAACGGAGCGGAAGCGAAUUCCGAUUCCGAUGAUCGCAGGAUUGCUCCGAUUGCGAAUGAUAGCUGCUUCGCCCUUUCGCCUCUGUCUAAGGAUGCAGCAAUGGGAUUGGUGUUGAAUGCUGCAGUUGGGAGAGGUUGGACGACAGGCUCGGGAAUGGAAGGUCCGCCAGUCCCUGCAGACACAGGAACGGAGAAUAUAUCAACAUUCCCAUUUUCUCUCUUCACAAAAUCUCCCCGGAGAAGAAUGCUUGUUGCAUUCACCUGUAAGAUCUGUCGGCAGCGAACUACAAGGGCUAUUAAUCCCCAUGCUUAUUCUGAUGGUACUGUCUUUGUUCAGUGCUGUGGGUGCAACGCAUAUCACAAGCUUGUGGAUAAUCUGAACCUGUUUCAAGAGAUGAAAUGCUACGUUGGCCCCAGCUUCAACUACAAAGGUUCCAACUUGGAUGUUAACUUCAACUUUAUGGACAAGCAGAGCAACGACGAAGACGACAUAUUUCCCAUGCAAUGAGGUGUAAGUGGUUCGUGCACUGCUCUGGUGCAUCUUGUAUGAUGUAAAUGCUUAUAGUCGAAAACAUUUGUCUAGUGUCCAGAGCUUGUAUCAUCCUCUUGUUAAUAGAUAUAGAUGGAGGAGUACGAGAUUCAGAGGUUGAAGUACCGAUGCUCUAAAUCGCUUGGAUCGGAUCUGUACGAGAUUGAUUAAGUUAUAUCUUGUAAUAAGACGGGAUCAAGUGGUCAACCUUGUUAUAUCUCGAUUGACAGUCAACCUUAAAAA